AUGAGUUACAUAAAAAACAAUACGAGGAAAAACUUUUAUGGAAGACGCAUCUCUCAAAUUUCGUUUUGGAUAAUUAUUUCCUUCGUUAUUCUGUACAUUUUAACAAAACUGCGACCAUUCUUGCUUACGCCAGACCAAUUCAGGACCACAGACACAGUGACUUUUGAAAUAUCGAAAGGCGACACAACCGACAAAGUUUCUUCGAAAGAUAACUCGACUAACGAAAACUCGCUUCUGUUUAUCGCUGUUUUAACUCACUGGCGAAGAUGGAAGAGAAGAGCGGGUAUUCGUGAGACAUGGAUGACUCAGUGUACAAGAGACAAGGCGAGGUGUUUAUUUUUUACAGAUGAUGUCGGGGCGAAAGAGAAUGAUAAAAGAUUGCUGGAGAGUGAGAUUUCGCGCAACAACGACACGAUACUAAUGCCAAUGACAGGUAUACCUGUGUUCGACUUAUGUCUUUUACUGAUUAAAUUGCAAUAUGAAUAACUUAAAUGCUUGUGUCUUGUGACAGUAAAGAGUUUUAGUAUGUAUGGAAGACGUCAAUUAAGAAUGAAUGUCAGCAAAACAAAUUGUUAAAUAUAAAUGACUUCAUUUGGAAUCUUGAAGAAUCAUUUCUUGAAUCUUUUCAUUCUGAAAGCUUUGAAAUAUAAUACAUUUAGCUAUACGUGGUGCUUCCAACUCUUCCACAAACAAAAAGUAUUAUAUUUGAAUCUUGUCUGUUAUUAACCAUUAAUGCAUCGAAUGAUUUAGUACAAGUUUAAAAUGGCAAGAAAUGAGUGUUUUACUAUUAAGGAAAGUUCUACCGAAGGGACUACUCAUAAGAACCGGACCAGCCCGGAGGAAUCGUGUCACGAACAUUUUUCCUGACCAUGCAUCAAAGGUCCUUUGUUACUGGAAUCAUCAAACUAAGUCAAUUCAACUUUGAAAUUUCAUUUUGGUUGUUUAUCGGAAUUUAUUAUCUUUAUUUAACAAAUCAUACCAGUUAACCGGACCAGCCCGAUUCCAUAUAUGAACAGCCCCAAAGUCUGUUCGGAAAACGACCUAUCACGGCUAUAAAUAAUAGCAUUGAAGACCGUGAAAAUUAAGAUAUUGAUAUUUUAUGAUUAUAGUAGUCCGUACAUAUUUUUGCAGUAAACGGAGCCUGGAUGACGUUUUACUUACCAUUUCUUUAAAUUCAUGGACACUUUACCAAUAUUCUUCAUUCCAUGUUCCAGAUUAUUCCUUUCCAAAAUGUUCCCUGCAAAAACUUGAAUGACAAAUAAUUAUAAGAUCUGACCUACAAUCCAGCCCAAUUGCAAAAAUACUAUAAAUGAUAUAAAACGUGAGCUUAGACGCCUCCCCUCCCCCUUGCCAUUAUAACAUUGAUUCGCAUUAUGAGGUACGCUUGUUAUUUAAUGACAACUACGAUUCAACAUUAGAUCAUGGGGGGGGGGGGGGGGUCUCGUGAAUUGAAACAACUCACUGAAAGUGUGCAAAGAAUUUGGGCACUGAUUGUGUUGUAUUAGGGGUCGACCAAUAGUUAUCCCGGGGUGGUGAUGGGGAUCCCCAAAAUUCCACUCCCUCUCCCAGGAUAUCUAAUGAUCCACCCUUCAAAUAUUUACUAAUCUCUUUACUUUUAGAAGAUAUGUCAUUUGCGUUUGCAGCCCGUCUUCUCUGGAUCUUACAGUGGGCAGUAAACCACAGCAACUUUGAAUAUUUCUUGAGAAUCGACGACGACCAUUUUCUAUGCAUAGAACGUUUACUACACGAGCUUCCAUGGCGACCCAAGAAAGCCUUGUAUUGGGGUUUUGUACAUUGCAAACCUAAAAUAGUCCGGAUUGACGAGGCGUGGCUUAUACUAACCAGAGAUUUGGUCAGUGAAAUAUUGAGUAAAAUUAACACUACUUUACCAUGCCACCCCAUUGGCGAUCAAGCUGUGGCUAUGUGGAUGAAUAACAGCACAUACAACGUCACUUAUUUCAUGGAUAAUACAAGAAUAGUACAUAAAACUGCGGGUCAUGAUACAAAAUAUUAUACCAAAACAGUUUGUGAGAAAUUUAUCAGCCUGCACGGUGUUUUCGAUGUAGAAAUGCGAAAAUUAUGGCUAGUUUGGCACAAGUUAUAUCGAGCGAAGUUGAGCUCGAUGCCUCGGUACAAGAUAAGUCCCAUUCGCAAGUUUGAAAAAUUGUGUCCAUAUUCGAAAGUGUUUUCAACAGAUGGGUUUUAUCCAGAGUAUAGGUUUGAGUCACGGCUGUGUAGACUGAACCCGACUUGGUCGAUAAGUAAGAGCGUGCAUCCAGGACGAGAGGAAACUGGGGAGAGAUACUCAUCGUAUUAACAAUGUCAUUCUCGUUCUUCUUUCCAGCAAUGUCAUUCUCUGUCAUUCUUCCCAGCGAUAUCCAAGACUACAAAAUUUAAUGUCUGCAAAACUUGAUUGAAAUGCCUGUUGAUGGAUAGCGUGCUCACGAAUCUAUUGGAAGCGGGCAUGAACAAAAAACACUUUAAAUAAAAGCACAACUUUUUGGAAGCGUGCAAAGACUUAUAAUUAUAUUGGGGAACCGUCAUUAUUUAAGGUGGGGGUGGCACCAAAGCGAAAUGUUUUUCUUGGAAAAAAGUAAACCAACCUAAAAUUUCUACCGAAUUAUCAAUUAAAAUAAAUACCCAGCCAUGGCCAAAAUCUUUACAAAAAAAUACCAUUCAAGCUGUCACACAUGUCCUUUACCACUUCUGUGACAUUUGUGUCUGCAGAUAACUGCUUGUGUCUGCAGUCUAAAGUUUCAUGUUGUCUGCACAUGUACUUUCUAGUUGGAGACACCAUUAAUUUUGCCUCCUGACAAAUCGGAAAAUGAUCAAGAUAGUAACUCUGAAUGAUUUGCAUGUUGUAUUGACAUAUGACUGUUGAUAGUUUAGUCUUCAAUACUUGCGCGAGUCAUGCUUUGGAAAUAAAUUUCUAUUCCCCAACCGUUGAGUUGUUUUGUUUUUCACUUACCCAACAUUUUACUCACUUCAAAUUUUGUUUAUCCAACCCUUUUCUCUUCGGUGCCACCCCCCGCCAUAAAUAAUGACCGCGGUCUUUAAUGUUUUAAAUAUUACAUAAAAUACGGUUAGUACAGUACUACAGUGUCCGCAAUAUGGCUGUCUUACCACAUGAUAUAUCAAAAUUUCUGAAGAAAAUAUUAAAAUACAAAGGUAGCCCCGUCCACAUUGUACAGGAUUUUUGUCCUGGCUUAAUUGUAGAUUAAUAUUAGAAAUCUAUAAAAACUCCAUGCCAAAACUGUAUCACAAACUGACUGGUGUAAAGGAUGAGUUAUGUUCAAAGUAAUUAUAUCACCUAACUGCAAGUUCAUUCAGAAAUUUAUUUAUGAAAGUAGACUGAGAUGGCGUUUCUUAUGCGAAAUGCUGGCACAUAUUACAUUCCCGGCAUGUUAUUUACCGCCCAUAAUAUAUUCGCUUCAUUGUUCAGGGGUUUAGCAAGGCCAAAGUUGCUGCAUUCAUUAUAACCCGUCGACCCUGGCCCGGAAGAGUUGAAUAAUUUUGCUGGCUUGGUAGGAAAAUCUUCUGGAAAACGAACCAUCCAGUACCUGUCAUUGCGCUUAAAACUAAUUUCAACUGCACCAGGACUAUCCUUGGAAGUUUCAAAUUUGAACGCCGAAUCGUAUUGAACACCAUACCAAUACUUGAGGUCAUCAUGAACUUUCUUCAAAACAAUCUCACGUUCAGACGGUGUUUGUUCUUCAUCAUUCUUACUCUUGUGUGGACCUGCCUUGCUCCCUGCGGAGGUACCGGGUUGAGAUGUACAGGUGGCAUUUUCAGGGAUAGUAUUUGAUUCUUCGGGUGGACUUAGGCAAACCAGGGAUGAACUUUGGUUAGCCUGCAUUUGGGUUGGAUUGAUGUUGCCAUCCCGUUUAGAAUUCAAACCCGUAAUUCGUCGGUUUCUGGUAUAUCUUAAAGAAGCUCCACUGUGAUUGGCUAUCUUUCCCAAAGUAGUAAUUUCCCUUCUUGGCUGAUAUUCUUUUCCCUCAGCUCCCCACGCAAUUUCUGCCAUAAUUUUAGCAUCAGUUGAGAACGGACUGUCGGAUUCUAAAACCACAUACUCUGCUUUUUCGUAGCGUGUUCCGCCGUCGGUGAAGAAAUAUGGAGACAGUUUAAUUGUAUCGCCGUUUUUAAUGUUUGCAAUGAUAACCAAAAAUUUCGAAAAGCCUCGAGGGAAGUCACGUCUGAUAAAGCGCUCCUCUUCAGCAUUGGGUUUGCUCAAACUUAGACUGUGGUGGGAACGCCAUUCUCCGAUAUGGCACGACAU